UGAGUGAUUAUAAGAAAAAGUGCGAAACAACGAAGGUCUGACUGGAGGAAUCAUCUUUUGUAUAAAUUCUUUUGAAAAAUCUACGUUUUUUAUAAAAAUUACAGCGUGUAUUUAAUACAUUUCGCCUGAAGUGUUUAGUUCGAAUAAAAGUUUAAAAGUGACGUGUCAACAAUGGCCUCAGGCACGACUUUGCAAAAAGCUAUUGAUUUGGUGACCAAAGCGACAGAAGAAGACCGCAACAAAAAUUAUGCUGAGGCUUUACGUCUCUACGAACAUGGCGUAGAGUAUUUUCUACAUGCAAUCAAAUAUGAGGCACAAGGUGAGAAAGCCAAGGACUCAAUUCGUGCCAAGUGCCUACAGUAUUUGGAUCGAGCUGAAAAACUUAAAGAAUAUCUCAAGAAAGGCAAGAAAAAACCUGUAAAGGAGGGUGAAUCAAGCUCGAAAGAUGACAAAGAUAAAAAGGAUGAUAGUGAUUCAGAUGGCGAAGAUCCUGAAAAGAAGAAACUUCAAAGUAAAUUAGAAGGCGCAAUAGUAAUUGAGAAGCCGCACGUCAAGUGGUCCGAUGUAGCUGGUUUAGAUGCUGCAAAAGAGGCCCUUAAAGAGGCAGUUAUCUUGCCAAUCAAAUUCCCACAUCUAUUCACGGGCAAACGUAUACCUUGGAAAGGUAUUCUGCUUUUUGGUCCUCCUGGUACCGGCAAAUCAUAUCUUGCCAAAGCUGUUGCCACAGAGGCAAACAAUUCAACUUUCUUCUCAGUUUCCAGUUCGGAUUUGAUGUCGAAAUGGUUAGGUGAAUCCGAAAAGUUGGUCAAAAAUCUCUUCGAAUUAGCACGUCAACAUAAACCAUCAAUUAUUUUCAUCGAUGAAAUUGAUUCCAUGUGUUCGGCACGUUCGGAUAAUGAAAACGACAGUGUGCGACGCAUCAAAACAGAGUUCUUGGUGCAAAUGCAAGGUGUUGGCAAUGAUACAGAUGGUAUUCUGGUACUUGGUGCCACUAAUAUACCAUGGGUAUUGGAUUCAGCUAUACGUCGACGUUUCGAAAAGCGUAUCUACAUUCCAUUACCUGAGGCUCACGCUCGUCUGGUAAUGUUUAAGAUACAUUUGGGUAAUACCACACACGUUUUAACCGAGGCUGAUCUCAAAGAACUAGCAUCAAAAACAGAUGGUUACUCAGGCGCUGAUAUUUCCAUUGUCGUGCGCGACGCUCUUAUGGAACCAGUGCGUAAAGUGCAAACCGCCACACACUUCAAGAGGGUAACUGGUCCGUCACCAACAAAUAAGGAGGUUAUAGUUGAUGACUUGUUGGUGCCCUGCUCGCCUGGUGAUGACGGCGCAACUGAAAUGUCCUGGAUGGAUGUGCCUAGUGAUAAGUUAUUCGAGCCACCAGUUACUAUGCGCGACAUGUUGAAAUCAUUGUCUCGUACAAAACCCACUGUCAACGAUGAUGAUCUAGUUAAGCUGCGUAAAUUCACCGAAGACUUCGGACAAGAGGGAUAAAUUACAGACAAAUUUCUAUAACAAAUUGAUUUUAUUAUAAAUAUAAGUGAAUACUGUACGCAAAUUGAUUGAUUGUUGCCUAUUUGAUAAAAAGGGAGUAAAAUCAUUUUAAGCCCGCAAUAACUAAGUGGCUAAACUUAAUUUAAAAAUCUUAGAACAACUCGGAUAUGUUUAACCAUGAAAAACAUAUAAUACAAAUCUUCAUGGCAAGCAUUAA